CUUCUACUCUCUGUAUUUUUGCUACCUAAUGUGAACACUGAGAGAUUCCCAUACCUCAGCUAUCUAGCUAAAAGCUAUACAAUUUUUUCUGUUUCACUGUAAUGCCUGGUAUAAAACAACCAACACUGAAAUACAAGCACCUUCAAAAUAAAAUUUUACCCAUGAGUAAAAAAAAAAAAAGGGUCUAAUGGAGAUCGUAAUAACCAUAUAAAAUAUUUUUGACCAGUGUCAUAUAAAGAUGGCUUCAGUGUUGUCUUGCAAGUCUCCAACCCAUUACAGAAAGAUUUAAUGUAAUCCAUGCUGCAUUUAGUGUUUUCCUUGGAACUGCAAUCUUCUUCUGAGAAAUAUGUUCAUCCCCAGCCCCUGUUUACAAAGUAGAUGCCAACUAGACUGGGUUCAGCCGUGUUUAGAAGGUCAGUGUUAUGGGGAUUUAAACAGAAAACAAUAAAAAACUCCAUAAACAAACUGGAGUAGUUCUCACUGGCAGUUCAAAAAUGCUUCCAUGGGGCCAUGCAAUGUUUAUCUCAGAUUCAGUAAAACUAUACUGUAGAACUCAAAUUCUCUCAGCUUUCAGUAAAACUAUACUGUAGAAGAACAACAACAAAAAUAUUUUUUGUGUGUUCUUUCCAAGCAGCUCCAAAAUCCGCAGAAAGAGCUUCAGGAUGCCAGAGCCUGCAAAGUCCACCUCUGCCCCCAAAAAGGGCUCCAAGAAAGCUGUGACAAAGACCCAGAAGAAGGGCGAUAAGAAGCGACACAAGAGCAGGAAAGAGAGCUACUCCAUCUACGUCUACAAGGUGCUCAAGCAGGUCCACCCUGACACUGGCAUCUCCUCCAAGGCCAUGGGCAUCAUGAACUCCUUUGUCAAUGACAUCUUUGAGCGCAUUGCUGGAGAAGCCUCCCGCCUGGCCCAUUACAACAAGCGCUCCACCAUCACCUCUCGAGAGAUUCAGACAGCUGUGCGCCUGCUGCUCCCAGGAGAGCUGGCCAAGCAUGCUGUCUCAGAGGGCACCAAGGCUGUCACCAAGUACACGAGCUCCAAGUAGCCAGAUGCUGCCUCUCCAAUGGGACCAUCAAGCACCAAACCCUCCAUACAAGCACAGGUAGGCAGCCAUGGUGCGGAUAAGUGUCACAGCUAUUAUCCACAGCAAUUUAAAGCCUUGGGAAGGGCAUGAGAAGCUGUCUGGUGGAAGAGGAGACAGUGAUCUGGAUGUUGGCUGGUUUUCAUAGUCUUUUGGGGGCAUGUGACAGGUUCUGCAGGGCUGGUGGAGGAGACCUCUGCUUUCACAUCUCAUCUGAAGGACUGACUGACUGCAGUAUGUCCAGAGUCUCCUCUGUGCUUGGUAAACAUGCAUGUUCAGCACUGCCAGGGGAGACUGGCAGUGGCAACACGGAGAUGCCGUCUCUGAAGUCUUCCUGUUUGGCUGCCUUCUCACAGUCAUCCAAGAUGGGCACCAGGGAGUUGGCACUGGUAUCCUCUCCCUCGUAGCCCAGAUCCAUCCUGUGUAUAGUGGCAAAAGUGGCAUCAACAGCUAUAAGCCCAUGGGCUGUAGAAUAAAACCCAUCUUGUUUUGACAUCUGUCUGUGCUUGACAGCCCACUUUAAAGAGCAAGCCAGGCAGGCAGAGGUCUGGGAUGAUACCCAGUGCUGUUCCUCCUCAUCAUUCCUGAUGGAUGAGCCACUGAGCAGGCUGAGGGUGAUGGUGCUGGAGCUGCCUGCUGCCUCCCACCCAGGCAGACAGACAGACAAGGGAUGUUGGGGCUGGGUCACUACCUUCCCCAGCUGCUGCUUUGCAGGCUUUAGGGCUUGCUUUGGUGUGCAAGACAUUGCUAAUUCUGCUGCUUUACAGAGAUUUUCCUGCCUUAAUGCUGCCUGGGCACUCCCUUCCACCGUAAGUGUGGGUGAGACAGGGUGGUCCCCAUGAGGGUCUCCUCUCUGGGCACUGGGAUGCUGCAGAACAAACAGCACAGAGGUGUUGGGAGUUAAAGUUUGGAAAGGCAUCUGGAGUGGGAUCAGAGGUUGUUCAUGCAGUCUAGGGGAGAGGCAGGCCCCUCAUGAAGAUCACUGCAGACAACUCACCUGGCCUUGCCUUCCCUGCUUUAUUCACUGGUUAGAAAGCAAAAGCAGAAACUGAGACUGGGUGGAUAUAUAGGGAUGCUUUCCUGCAUCCCAGUUAUAGUUUGAAGAUUAAAUAAUUUUAAACUACUUUGUUUACUCCCCACGUCUUCUCCAAGUCCACAGUAAGGUGAGCAAUAAUAAAAUGCUGAUAAAAUCCAUAGAGAUUAGUGAAGGAACAUCUUGGUUACAGGUUUAUCUUGCCCAAACAGCUCAAUAGCAGAAAAGCAUGCGUAGAACUGAUGUGAAGUUGAAGCUUCCUACUCAAAACACAAAAUUAGCUGACAUUUAAAAAAAAAAGAUCAGAAUCCCUAGUAGGCAGUAGCACUUGGAUGAAAAAUAUUCAUGUCUAAAAUAAUAACUGCUUUCCACAGCUUAUUCUGUAAAUAAAAAGGGCAGCAAAGACACAGGAUCCAGCACUAAGUGCAGGCUCUCCCCAGACACCCAAGACCUUGCUUUAAAUUCAGAGGUAAAUUCAUAUCCUGAAAUGGCAGCCUCAGUGUAUCUCUCACUUUCCCCUACAUUUAUCUCUACCCCAUUUUUUUACACUUUGAGAACAAUGAGGACCCUUGAUGAAUUUAAGUUGCUUUUGGAGCUGUAGGUCUCUGCAGCUCCAGAAGAUUCAGUAAUUUGGUUGUUCGGUUGUUGUUUUGGUUUGUUUUUUUUAUAACAGUGUUGCAGUCAUUUUCUAGUUGGUCUAUGGGAAGAACCGUGUGGACCUGCUCAACCAAGAGCACCUCAGAAACCCAAGAGCAGCAUGAGUCAUGUGUGCUCUCUGUGCAAGAGUGAAGGUCAAGUUGCUUGUGGGCUGCUUUCAUCCUUCUGCUUUGGGUUUGAACACCCCACACCCAAAAAGGUCCUUUCUUCCCUUACUUUGCUCAGUGGUAGCACACAGCCGUGUUUCAUACCCUCAUGCCAGCAGAAAUCCCUAGCCAUAUCCUUCAAAAAGGGCAAAAGCUGUCAGCACCCACAAUGAGCAGUACCUCUGUUCAGUAGCAUUGGUGACCUGGAUCACUGGGCCAAGACACUUUUUGAAGGUUACAGCUUAGCACUCCCUUUUGCUUUCUAAUCAAAUAGAUACCAAAGAUGAAAAUGUACCUGCAGUGGGCCUAGAGCAAACAUCCUUGGCUGUCUCCCACCAGGAAUUAGACAGAAGAUGAUGCAGAAGGGGAAUAUAGGGAGUGAAGAGCUGACUGGCAGCACUGGAGCUUUCCCCUUCCAUCCCUAUGAGCUGCAAGUCAGAAUUCAUCCCCUUGGGGAGUUCUCCUGAAGGCAGGAAUUCAGAGUGGAAUACAUCCUCUCCAGUCCAAGCAAUGUGUGUGUCAGGACACACAUCUCCCAGGAUUACCUGACACAGCCUCUAAAUCCUCACUCUUUCAAGCAGAGCAGAAUCCUGCUCCAGUCUCUGCAGGCUACAAGAAGUCAGGAAAAUAAAAUGAGGGUUUGUCCCUCCAGGGUCUCAUGGGCAGCUCAGGGAGCUGGGGACAAGGCUGGGCACUUGGACAAGAGCUGCUGGCCUCAUAAAUGUAUUGACAGUACUGGUCUCAUUUUCUUCUGCCACUAUUGCCACUUCAUUUUUGGAGAUUGUGUCAGAGAGCAGAGAAAUGGCAAUUUAAAGCUAUAAAAAUACUUGAAGGCUUAAAGAGGAUUUUUAUACUGUCUAAAGUCAGAUGACUGAGACUUGUCAUGACCAUCCAUAGUUUAGGCUGUCGUUUCACACAUCAUUUGCUCUUCAUUCUGGCUUUGUAUGUAUUUACUUGUCCCUGACAAUGCUGAGCACAGGACUGAGGAACCAAUUCAGGUUAAAAUGAACCUUUUUUCUUCUUUUCUUGCAAGCUUUGUUUUAACCCAGUUCAGGUGGCUGCUCUGAUCUGUCACUGUUUUACAGGCUUGUGCCAGCCAAGGGAAGGAAUGAUCCAGAAAGGGCAAGGCUGGCAUAAGCUGGGACUGCCACAGUUGGCAAAUUGAUGGCCUUAGUGUCAAGAGAAAAUUAAGAAAAGAAGCCUGUGUCUCCUGUGGUGGUCCAGUUAGCAGCAAAGACGUGGCUUUUAAAUACACUGAUAUGGGUGUUACUCUUUUAUUACCUUUGCAGUGCCCUACAAGCAGUUUCUCUAACAGUCCUGACAGUGGAAUUCAAAAACAUCCCAUUUCUGCAGAUUGCAGAGGACUCAGGUGUCACACAAGGGAAAGGGAGCAGAUUGGGAAGGGGACUGCUCCCAUGCAGCCACCCAGCUGUGGUGGUUGGAGGCUCCUUGCUCAGCAAGCAAGGAGCAGGCAAGGUAGCAUGUCCUUCCUGUGCUGCCUGCUGCUGUACAGGCACAUACUCGCAGCACUUGAGCGGGAAUUAUUUUGACUGUGAUGAGCUUGGACUGAGCCUUAAUAAUAGAGGCAGUAGAAAAUGGUCUAAAUGUUCACCCAUCGAUUGUCUACUCAGUUGUAUGAGGUGUGACAGAUUCCACAGUUCCCUGGUAAGGGGAUUAGCUGCAGAAGAGGAGUUCUGCACUUCAGGAUCCAUGCUUUUUAAAAAAAUGUAUUUCCAGCUCUAUACUAAGUCCCACUGUUCCUACCUGAUUCCUACUGCAAUCCCAGAAGCAUCUCUGGGCCAUUCCUGUGUUUUGGCAAUUAAAAACAAAAAAAUCAACUGCAUUCUGAAAGCUGAAAAAGGAAGUUGAAAAGAGUAAUACAGCCUUGUUAUUAACCUCAUAUUAACCCUGUGUACAUCACUGCAUGAGUUGCUUGUUUUCAUGUACAAUUUAAGUGAUAAAAUUAGCUGCUAUAGAUCUACUCCUGAUUUUCCACCCUGCUUCUCUGGAAGGGCUUAAGAUGCAUCUGCUCUUCACAGCAGAGCUGAACCUACAGAACAAACAAGCAGCAAGACGCACAGAGGUUUGUUCCUGCUCAAGACAGACAGGUCUUUAGUCAAACAUGGGGAAAACAAGAGUAGAACCAAGUGUGUAUGCCUGUCCUGGACACUACUGAGUGUCCUGGGAAGGGAUGUCUGAGAUGAAGAGCCAUGCUCAGAGGAACUGCAUGGCUGUGUGCCCUUCUGCCCUGGUGAUAGGCAGCCAUGUGGAGGUAGCCCCAAGUCCUGGCUGCCCCUGGACUCAAGCUUGCCAUGGCCUCUGCACAGCCCUGAGCAUUUGUCACAUCAUAGUGUUUCCUGAUCGUUUACAUCCAGACCAAUUGUUUACAGGGAAAGGAAGAAUGUGGACUAAAUCAUAAAAAUCACUUGCUACCAGAAUUUCUGGAGUUCCCUGGGACCAGCACCUGGGGACCAAUCUUUUGUGCUUACUCUCCAUGCAUGGUAUCUUGUGGGCUUAUAUACACAGAGUUUUUCAGACAGUAAGUGCUACAUCAAGUAUGAUCUAUAUUAUAUUAUUGCUGUGUUACCACCUGUCUUACUGCUAAAUACCUGUUUUCUGUUAAAUGUAUAAAUAAAAUGUUAAUGCCAA